AUGCAUCGAUUCAAGAUUUACAAAAUUCAGAUGUGCAAAUAUGCAAUGAUAAAUAAGUGUGAUCGAGGGGAAAACUGCACCUUUGCGCAUGACAUAAGCGAACUGAGGAUAAAGCCCGACAUGAGGAAAACGAAGUUAUGUAAAAGUUACAUACUAGGAAAAUGCACUGACCACAACUGCAUUUAUGCCCAUUCAGUGAACGAGCUGAGGGAGGUUGGAAAGCCAGCUAUCUGCCAGCUGCACAGAGAAGGUAGGUGCAUCAAGGGGAACCAAUGCAGGUUUGCGCACUCCAUAAAUGAUAUAAACACGAAGCUGGUUCAGUUUUAUGAGGAUAAGAUGCACCAGGAGGAAAUGGGGUUUUCCCACCUGAACAGCUGCCUGGAUUCCGUAUGCCCGGGAGAAUCGUCUAUGCCGAACAGGGAAGGCAGCACGGGCAGCGACGUGCGCAACGGAGAACUGCUGCACCUGACGCGCCAAGGAAAGCGGGGGGAGUGGAAACUAAACGUAAACUUUAACAACGGUAGUUCCAAUUCAUCAAGUGGCUCCAACCAACACACGAGAGAAAACACAAGGAACGCCAACAGAACAAGCAACACAUCCAAAGGUAUGAACAGAGCAAAUCUGAUAAAAAAGUCCUCAUGCAAUGCGUUCUUAAACAAUAACUUUCCUAAUUUAAACUCUCGGAAGGAAGAAAAAAAGAACGAAAAUAUCCUGAGUGCCAGAAAUGGAAAGUACACAAAAUUAUGUGCAAUCAACAUGAAUAUGAAGAGCACCCAGGGGAGAGUCUACCGGUAUGAUGAACAAUUACUCAUUCAGGAUGAGAAAGAGGAUUAUCUAUUAGAAGGAAGAUUUAAAAAAAUGAAUUACCCUCAAAAUGGAGAGCAGCGUGAUGCAAAUUGUUCCAUUCCAUCUGUGGGGAAGAACUUUACGCCUCCUUUCAAUUUUCGCUCCAUCUUAUCCUUUAAUGGGGAGGAAGCUGGGCAGAAUAGGAACACUAGUGGAGCGGUAGAUUAUAGAAGUGGUACCAGUGGUGAAGACUCCGUUAACUACGGUCUGACAAGAGAAGUGGACGCCCUGGGUGAGGGGUGCACGAUAGGGUUAGGCAACCAAGGUGGAAGCGGCCAUGGGGUAAAUUUUCCGCAGGGGGAAGUGUUCACCAAAGUACGAGACUCGGGAAAGAAGGUGAUUUCCAGUGCAUGUGGGAUAUUCAAGGAGGAAAAGACCAGAAGCCAGGACAACGAUGAUAGGGGAGACGGGUUGGUACAUAGUGAAGACCGCUUCAGAGUUCGGGGACGUGUCUGCUGGGAGGGAAAAACCUACCCCAUGGACAUGCUAUCCAGAAGUAGCGGUGUGGACAGCAAUGAUAACGGAGGAAGGAAGCCACUACAUGGGGGAGAAUGUUACGUCGAGACCUACCCCCCAGAGUUGCAGCAGAGAGGGUCGAAUGACGAUCCGACUCGAAUCACCCCUUACGACAGGAAGGUUGUCCAUUCUGUCCUGGCGACGAACCUUUCAAAUGAGCUGAAGAAGGGAAAUGGAAAAGAUAAGGAUGAGGAGAGAUAUGAUGUGGCCAAAUAUUACGAGUCCGCUUUGUCCAUAAGUAGGGAUGACAUGUUUGAUUUCAUGGGGGGUUCACUCCUGCGGUUGGCACAUGGAAGCGAACACGUCUCGAAUGGAGAUGCAUGCAACACGUGUAAGAGCUACCUGGCUGUGGAUGGGCAGGAAGUAAGAGGCCGUGUUGAUGGGGAAAGGAGGGAGUUGGACGGGGAAAGCAAAACUGGGGUUAUUCGAAGAAUGAGUACUCAGAAUAAAGCUUUGAGCGUCAGGGACAGUGGUCCUCCUAAUGGAAGCAUCCCUCUGAAGGAAAGGGAAGAAGUAUCGGAGAAGGCCAGAUUGGUGGAAGGGGGAAACGAAGAAGGCUACGGGAGGGAUGGAAAGAAAGUGUGGGAGAAACAGGAGGGCGCAGCUAUGUGUGCUUUUGCGGUCGGUGCAUGCCUACAAGGAGAUAACAAGAGGCUCCUGCACACGUCAGAACUCAACACAGAAAGAAGAAACAUUGGAAGGGGUGGCCACUCGCACAAGGGAUCGACUGCCUGUCUGUCUGAGGUGGACAAUGAAAAUGCGAAUGGUAGUAGUAACCACAGCGGUGGAAACCAGAAUGGUGUAUUGAAGGAAGGGUCGGCGGAGGGACUGACCCGAUACGGAAGUGGCAUACGAGGCGAAAGCAACAGCCAGUAUGGCAGUAGCAGCACAGUGGAUAUGUGCGCGCAAAACCUUGAUGAGUUUUUUUUCGGAAGGGUUGAGGAGAGGGGAGUUGGAUCAGGCUGUCGGAAAAGCGGGGGGGUAAUACGCGGUUUAAUGGACACUGUAUCGUUGGGGAGUUAUGAAGACAAGAAGAGGAACGUCCAUGACGGGGCCCACAAUAACGAGCUACUAAAAUACUUUGGAGAGAUGCAACAGUGGAGCGGGUGUUCCAUGCUCGGGAAGCUUCGGACGGAAGAUAGCAACUUACAGAAGGGCGUUAGUGACGAGCAUGGUGAGGGUCGAAUUGACAGUCCAACUGGAUUGGGCGACAUCGAGGGGGCCGCAAACUGUACCAAUAUUAGGCCGUAUAACUUAUUUUCCCCCUUUGGACGGAACCAUCGCGACCUGGGGAGGUUGCCUGAUACCUGCCGUGUGAAGAGCGCAUCACACAGAUGUGUCUCCCAAGAUGAAGUCAUCGUAAAGAGAACGGAGAAGGGAAGCAGCAGUAGCGACCGAGUUGGGAGGAGGCACCUGGCCAGUACCGAGAGUGUAGCUAAUCAGAAGAGGGCAGUUGAACCAGUGCGCGGUGGACAAAGUGGGGGGGAUGUCCCUGUUCACUCACAUGACAGUGAGGGAAGCGACAGUGGCACGAACGGUAGCCGCUACCGCAUGAACGUACGAGGCGAGUCCGGGGGGGAGAGGCAUUUGGGAAAGAAUGGAAGAAACGGAGUCCAAAGUAGUAAUCUAACUGAUAACGCGCGUGUUGACGGAGAUGGGCGGUGCGCAGGAAGCUGUGAUGGGGGCUAUUCACACAUGUCUGGCUUGGUUGCAACGGGUCAGGCACAUUCAUUUUGUAAUGGUGAAACGAAGGUGAGUCGUGACGAAGGAGGGGGGAAGGAGCAGGAGGACCCCGCGGAGUAUGAUCCUAGCGGUGGUUUCGUCGAUGAGCGCUUAGGGGAGAAGCACAAGGUAAGAAGUCUCACCAAGCUCGAAAAUAGCCGUCAAAUGAGGGAAGAAGCAGAGCUACGAAUUGCCUCAAGAAGAGAGAAAAAGAACAACACUCUCCAUGGUCAAGUAAGAAACGCCUCUCCAGUGAUGAGAAACUAUUAUGAUGGAAGUUAUGAUUAUAUUAUCCAUUCGAAUGAGGACGAUAUUAUCAACAAUGAGAAUCGUCUGCUCUAUAGGUGGUUAGGUGUGUCCUCGUUAAGUGAAAGUUGCCCCAUGGGGGUGGGCACCUCUAAUGGGAGUCCCCUCUUCACCUUGGAUGAUAAAGAAUCCUACUUAGCAAAUUUAGAUGCGACAGGAGGCAGUGAAAGUGUCCUAUGGAAUGAGGAAGAGAUGAGUUGUUGGUCCAAGAGGAGCAUAACAAGGGGAAACAUGGUCAACAAUGGUGCAGAGUCUCGACUGAAGAGCAGAGAGGAAGAGUUUUAUCAUUCCACUUUGGGUAACAUCCCAAUUGGGUAUGAAGAAGUGGCAAGCAAAAACAUAUUUAUGCCCAAUUACAAUUGGGACGAUAAGGAGGAGAGACUUGUGAGCACCGAUGAGGGGGCUGUCGGCAUAGCUAAAACGCAGGAGCAGUUAAUGGAGAGGAGAGCGAAGAAGCAUAGGGUGGUGUACAGGAGGGAGACAAAAUUUGAGAAGGGUGAUUACUAUGGUGACUUAACUGGGAGGAAGAUUUUCUCGAGAGGUCAGGCUUGUGACGUGGUGGAGGAGAGUUGCCGCAGGGAGGGGGAAGGGAACUUGAUUGACGGCCUCUCCGGGAAUGGUCCGAUGUGGAAGGAUUUGAAGUGGGACGGAGUCAGCCUUGGACCGCUCGCCAGGGUACACAUGGACGAUGGUGCAGCAGAUGGGUACUCUAACGGGCUAGGACGCAGCCGGAGCAAAGGCACAAUGGGUUUCUUGGGAAAGGAAGGGGACAAGGGAAACGGAUUGGAUAGGGAGAUGAGUCACGCGGAGAAGGUGAAUCAGGGAAGCCACGCAAGCCACGCGCUGACAGCGGCCUUCCUGAACUACGACUACGAGAAAGGGAUCGAGGACGACAUAGUGCAGAGUUUCUGGGAGGAGAGGAAUUCCCCUGCGUACAACCAUCUGGACAAUUCUUUCUUUUACGACUUCCACGUGGGGAAUGGGAGGCCUUUUUUCAGUCAUGGCGAGGAUGGUGCGGUGAGCGACAGGAACAAGAAGUGUGUAUAUGACGAUGUAGACGCUGCCGCACUUGACGAUGGCGCAUUCUGCGUGAACCUGGCUAAGGACCUGGACCUGCAGUUCUUUACCCAUGAUGACUAA